UACAAUUGUUCUUGCCCCGAUGGGUAUCUCUCUUUUGAUUAUAUUAAUGCCAAUGGUACUAUAAGAUAUAAUAGAUGCCUGGAACUGCGGCCUAACAACGGCAAUUCUCGUACCAAAGUGAUUAUUAGUGCAAGUACUUUCUCAAGUCUUGGAGCAUUAAUUCUACUAAUUUGUAUGUGGUGGUUGUACCGAGAAGUCAAUAGAAGAAAGGAAGCAAAGCUGAAGGAAAAAUUCUUCAAACGAAAUGGUGGUUUGUUAUUACAGCAGCAGUUAUCAUCAGACCAGGGUAAUCUUGAGACAACCAAGUUAUUCACAUCGAAGGAGUUAGAGAAGGCGACAGACAAUUACAAUGCUAAUCGAAUCCUCGGCCAGGGAGGCCAAGGGACUGUUUACAAGGGGAUGUUAACAGAUGGGAGAAUCUUAGCGAUUAAAAAGUCAAAAGCAUUGGAUGAAGGCAAACAUGAGCCGUUUAUCAAUGAGGUGGUCAUUUUAUCCCGAAUAAACAUAAGAAAUAUUGUUAAGCUAUUUGGAUGUUGUUUGGAGACAGAAGUUCCUAUGCUGGUUUAUGAAUUCAUCCCUAAUGGAAACCUUUCCCAGUGUCUCCACGACCCAAAUGAAGAAUUUCCUCUUACUUGGGAUUUGCGAUUACGGAUCGCUACAGAAAUUGCAGGAGCUCUAUUUUACCUUCACUCAUUAGCUUCCAUACCCAUCUACCAUCGAGACAUCAAGUCCGCAAACAUACUCUUGGAUGAAAAAUUCAGAGCAAAAGUCUCCGAUUUUGGCAUUUCAAGGUCAAUUUCUGUUGAUAACACUCACUUGACCACGGCAGUGCAGGGUACCUUCGGCUACUUGGAUCCGGAGUACUUCCAGUCCAGCCAAUUCACAGAAAAGAGCGAUGUUUACAGCUUUGGGGUGUACUUGUUGAGCUCCUUACUGGAAAAAAAACCGAUUUUGUCAGGCAAGUCUAAUGAAGGGGGAAGCCUAACAGCAUACUUCCUAUUGACAAUGAAGGAGAACUGGUUGUAUGAUAUUCUCGAUGCUCGAGUAGUGAAAGAGGGUGGAGAAAAAGAGAUUUUGAGAGUCGCUAAUAUUGCGAAAAGAUGCUUGUGCUUGAAUGGAAGCAGCAGGCCAACAAUGAAAGAGGUGGUAAUGGAUCGAGUUGGAUGGGAUCAGAAUGUCAAAUGGGGCAACCGCCACUGUUAAACAAAGUUGUGAUAACGUAGAGUAUGCAACAGAGGAUGACCUAACUGGACCUCAGGAGGCUGUUUCUACUUCAACAGGUUCAUCUUAUUGCGCAAUGGAUAUCGAAUUACCUCUGUUGCUUGACAGAUCCUCUAGCUCACUGUGAGUCCUACACAUGAUUAAGUGUUGGUAAUCAUAAUAUCUGUUGUUUUUGAGGUGU